GCGGAAAGCGCUCACGGGUCUCCUUCUCGACAUGAGUGCCGCGCGGUCGUUCUACACAACGGACGUCGGCCUCAAACUCUAUUUGCACCCAACGUAUAGCACGUACGUGGCCACGACAACGGCACCGCAGAGCCGAAGCGACUGGGAAAAAUCCGUGCUCACACACGCCAGCAAGCCACAAGUGAGCUCGCUCGCCGACGUCUGUGCCAGCAUGGCCACCUCCGACGCCAUGUGCGAAGUAGGCGCCGUCGUCUCGUGGAAGCAACUGCGAGGCGUCUUUUACACGUUUGACGCGACCGAAGAGCCGGAUGAAAUGGCGCUCCGGACGUCGUACAGCGGGCCGUGGACGAUGCAAGUCGAGUCGACGCCGUCACGAGCCUGUAGCGUCCAGUAACAGGACGCCGUGUUCCCAGUGCAUCGACAAGUCGGUCGGACGCUGGUUCGUGUCGUUGGAGACCAGUUGACCCCUGGAUGGACCCAAGAG